AAUCUCACAGUUGGGUAUGAUAUUGGUUGUGAUCACAGCAAGACCUUGUCAUCAAGUUCACUUGGCCAACAAGUUCAAGAUACAAAGUUCCACAUGUACAUCAGCAUGUUCCAUGGCUAUGCACACAACCACAAGUGCCAGCUGUGGUUCCAUCCCUGCUUCCUCAUGACAGCCAGCUUGGAGACAUUGGAGACAAACGAAUGGGUGUUCUCCAAGCAGAACCUCACCACCCAUCUCUUCUGCCAUGCAUCUACCUACCACUGA